AUGAAGAAACUUCCUGUCCAGAGAAUUGUCUUCAAAAUUCCAAACAAGAAUUCAAGGCCUGAGUCUACAAAAAGAGCAAAGAAGCCUCCUUUAUUAAUGAAAAAAGUCAAGGGAAUUUUAAGGACCAAAAUAAACCAUAAUUCAAAGUCCAAGACAAGACCUUUAGUAGAGAGCCUGAACGAGAGACUAAUCAAAGGUGGAAUUAACAGCUAUUCCGCUAAUACAUUCGAGAAGGAUAAAAAUAUGGUUCACGACCUCAGAAAAAGCGUUAAAGAUCGGUAUAAUUAAGUUCUUUGAGAAGAUUAUUGAUGAGAAUGACCAAGAGAGAAUUAAAUAUGAGACUAAGAAAGCAGAAAAUUUUAUCAAACGAGUUCAUUAUACCGACGAAGAGACUACUUAUAAUAAGGUAAUCACUGACAGACUCGUUUCGGGACUUAUUGAGGAUUCUGAUCAAAAAGGAGACAAUAUUGAUACCAUGAUUGAGGACACAAAGAACGGUGACCCUAAUUUCUCCCCUGUCAAAUGAGCUCUCAUUUCUAGUACAAAUGUGGGCGAAGGUAAGCUCAGCAACCGGCUUGAGGCCAAGAUCCUACUCAAAGCUGUGGAUCGUAUCCUCAAAAUAAGCCAAUCUGAAAGGAAACAAGACACAGAUGAUACUCCCUAAGAAACCAUUG